GAGAGAUGACCACGAUGACUUGGUUUUGCAGAGGGUUGGACUUCUUACCGCUUGCACCAAGUUGAGAAGAUCUUCGUGGACUCAUGGCUGGCCGAUGCGAGGAGUUGUAUGUGCGGAUAUUGCUUAGGCACCCAUAGAUACCAACAUAAGAUGCUUUUCUGCAAGGUUGCAUAUAACUUAUACGGGUGCCCAUGGCCGCGGGCACCUAGGUGGCGGGCACGAUUGGCUCGACGUACGUAGUAAGGUUGUUUCAGCAGCCCGACCUACGGGGAUCUUCUCUCAUCACCAUGGGUUGAGCGCGAAAUACCAAUCGUCGUCGAGACCCAGCCAUUCAACAUGCCAUCUCAUGAUGGAGAAGGCACACGUAAUUUGCUGCCCGGCUUGCCGGACGGCAAUACCACACAGAACAUGCAGUCUACUCGAUUCCUCAGCAGUCGCUUACUCGUAUCUACUACGGUCUCAGCGGUAAAUCGUGUAAUCUGGCGCUAGCGUGCCAUUCGACGAUAAACAGCAGCGAGGACGAUUUGUGAGGCAAGCGGGCCUCCUCUUCAAUGCGGUGCCAACCUCUGCUUCGGCGAUUCAAGCGGCAGCUGUUUUGCACCCCGGUUAAGCGAGUUUCAUUACACGAUUUACCGCUGAGACCGUAGUACGGAUACAAUGCCGCUGAAGCAGUCAGCAUAUUCUCCAUAUACCGCCUUGGCCUCGCCGAGACGGUGACGUCGAAAAGCUUGUGCGAGCUUUUAGAAAUCUUAUCGGUCUCGGAGCUCCAAGCACGAGAAGAUAAGAGAUGAUCAUCACCUAAUCUUGCAUGUCGAAGCGCCGGUCAUCGAGCAAAGGCGAAGGGCCAGAACAAAUAGAGAGGAGACUAUGUCUGUGAAUACGGUACACUUGGGAGCGGGAAGACGAGCUCCCCCGCUUGCUGCUGGCGGAGCCGCUCCUCAACUCGAUCACGUCUGGAAUUUACAGGUACUCCGUAGCGUACUUGACAAAGAACCCCAGCCUCGUCAGGUCACAGCAGGUAGGUGGCAGACAAGUUUGUUUUUGUAAAGGAGGAGCGCACCAGCUGCCUAGGCGCAUUAAAGAGUGGAUCGGCUAAGUUUCCCUGUUGUGCUCCAACUUCUGUCACAGACUUGGAGAAUUUUUUUAUGUAACUUGUGGUCUUUACAGCCCACUUUUGACUCUGCAAAAUGGGGGACAAAAAGCGUAAGGAGUCAUCCGGCGCUGGUGAUGCACCGCGCAAGAAGAGCAAGAAGUCAAAGUCCGCCGAUGGUUCCAAGAUCGUGGACCAAGAGACUAUUGCCGCAACAAGCAUGCCUACCGCUGAUGAUGCAGCCGCUAAAUCGAAGUCUACCCCAUCGAAUAUGGCCGCCGCCGCUGCAGUAUCAGCCAAGGCAUCUCGCAAACGAGCCGCUGACUUCAUGGAUGAUGGCGAAGGUGAACCUGCCAGUUCAGCGGUGACCACAAAAAAGCAUAAAGCUCCAGCCACCACCGGUACAGAAGAACCUACUGCGAAGAAAUCCAAGAAAGGAUCCAAGUCCAAGAAGAGCAAGCAUGAUGAACUUCUCACCGCUGAUGGGGUCAAUGGUGUGAUAGAACAUAACGGUGAGGAGGAGGUUGGAACAGCGACAGCACACAAGCCAGUCACAACCUCCAUGCAGGCCGAAGCUGAGCAUACACUGGACCAUGAGCUGGAAGACGAAUUCGGAAGCGAUGACGACGUGGACGAGGACGAAGUUGAAGAGGAUGACAAUGCUGCUGUUCUCUUAGCCGGCUUUGACAGUGACUCGGAAGACAAUCAGCAAGACAAGGGCUUAGAUCUCACCAAACUCCCGCGUCUACCGGCAGACAAGCAGACUCAAAGCAAGCUGAAAAAGAUCAAAAAGGCUGCGAACCAGGACGACGAGCCGGGUACAGUCUACGUUGGCCGCAUACCCCACGGAUUCUACGAACAGCAGAUGAAAGAAUAUUUCUCCCAGUUCGGUGAUAUCAGCCGUCUGAGACUCUCUCGUAACAAACGCACUGGCGCCUCCAAGCACUUCGCCUUCAUUGAAUUCAAGUCCAAUGAAGUUGCCAAAAUUGUGGCCAGCUCCAUGGACAACUACCUGCUCUUUGGCCACAUUCUGAAGUGCAAGUACGCCGAGCCUGGCUCACUGCACCCUGAUGUCUGGAAAGGCGCAGACAAAAAGUUCAGAAAAAUUCCACACGAGAAGCUUGAACGAGAGAAACUGGCGGCCCCCAAGACUGAGGGACAGUGGCAAAAGAAAGUUGACAAGGAGCAACGUCGGCGAGACCAGAAGGCAAAGAAGCUGCAAGCAAUCGGCCUUGAGAUGCCAGUGUCCACCUUAACUAGCCCUGCAAAGGCCUUGCAGGAGAGACUGGCCGCCCAGGAAGAACCAGCACAGAUUGAGAGCACAGACUCGGGUCCCACUGGAAUGCUUGAGCCACCAGCGAAUAUCCCCAAGGACGACGUUGCAGUGAAGCAGGCUCAGAAGGCAAAAAAAGAUAAGAAGAAGAAUAAGACCGAGUCCAAGGCUGCCGACAACGUGGCCACAGCCGAACUUGUCCAAGAAGCACCUGUCACCGAGCAAGCUGAUGUCAAAUCGGCGAAAAAAGACAAGAAGAAGGCGAAGAGAGUCAGUGCAGGCGCAGCUGAUCCUGACACUUCUAUCGUUUCCGUCCAAGAUGAGGCACCUGCAGCCGAAGACACCGAGGUCAAAACAGCCCAGAAGAUCAAAAAGGGGAACAGGAAAUCCGACGUUGAUGCCGACUCCAUUGUCGCCCCAACAGCGGCCGAAUCUGUGCAGGAUGCACCUGCCGCAGUCGAGGCGACGGUAAAGGUCGAUGCGGCAAUUGCCGAACCCAAAGUAUCCAAGAAAGAAAAGAAGUCUUCGAAGAAAGCACGAGAGAGCAUUGGAGAAGCAUCUGCCGUAGCUCCUGCUGCCUCUGUUGUUGAAGUCGCUACCGUAGAGACUGUCGAGAUCCCGGCCGCUGCAUCAUCGGAGCCAGCUGAGCCGAUCCAAGCGGGAGCUGACUUCGUUUCUCUAGGCGAAUUUGCCGACGCUUCAGAAGACAAGCCAGCGACGUCGAGCAAGAAGGUCCUCAAAUCAUACAAAAAGGAAAAGAAGAAGAAAGACCGCAAGAACCUGGUCAAAGCCAGAGGACCCAAGUCGAAUCUCCUUCCUACUUCGCAAAAGUCGAAGCCCGACCUCACUUCUACGGGCAAGGGUGGCCUGCCGCUGCUGGGCAAAGGCAAGUAUGACAAGGCUAAGCGUGAUGCGCAUAAGGAGUUGAAGAAGGCGAUGCUGGCUAGGCGUGGCGGCGGCGGUAGACGCCGUGUGAGCGGCGAGUCGUCCUAGUAAGUCUGGUAUGAGAAAAGUCUCGGCUCUGACAGGAGGUCAGGAAGAAGAUGGCGUCUGUAGUGAGUGCAGGGGAGACUGGUGUGUGUGGUGUGCAGGGCAUUCUGUGAGCCAUGCGCUAAAGUGGAAAAGUCUUUUUGCAAGCAGGUGCAGGCUCUGGUAUUUCUACGAUGGAGCUCUGGGCUUGUGUGCUAUCAUUAUCUACCUAGGUAGCGAGCUGGGCAUAUCGAGACGUGACGAAUGACCGUGACAUCCCUGUAUGACUCUGAUAGCCGACAACAUCAAGACUGUCGAACGAUCGCUUUACUCAUGCAUAC